UGGCGGCAACAUGCUGAUGAAUGUUGGACCCACCAAAGAUGGCCUGAUCAUACCCCUGUUCCAGGAACGCCUGCUGAAUAUGGGCGAGUGGCUCAACGUCAAUGGUGAUGCCAUCUACAGUACUCGUCCCUGGACUUUCCAGAACGACUCCCUCACCAACAAUACAUGGUAUACCUCUAAAGUGACGGCCAGUGGCCGGAAUGUGUAUGCUAUCAUCCUCGACUGGCCGAAAGGGGAGACUCUGAGCCUUGGCCGACCUUUGACCACGGUUGCCACCACAGUGAGCCUGAUGGGAUAUCCUGGGAAGUUCAACUGGAAGGAGCGAAGCACUGGCGGCAUGGACAUCGAGAUUCCAGCCAUCCCCAUCAACAAGAUGCCGUGUAAAUAUGCCUGGGCGUUCCAGCUGACUGGUAUAGAGAAUUGAUGAAGUAGGACCACAUAGA